UGCAGCCGGAACACAUGAGACUGCCGCAGCACUUGUCCCUGGCGAACGGAUCGAGCCAACUAUUAAUGGCAACAGGCUGGAAGUUUAUGCGAAAAGUUUCUGAAAGUAAUACGCAGAGAACACACAAACCGAGCUAAGUCCCCAUCAAGCAACAAUAAAUGGGAAAACGCGCCGGGGAAAAAGCGCUUAAAUCAGCACAAGAAACCGCCAAGAACGAAACAGAGCGGUAGAGAAGAAUAAGAAGAAAUCCAGAGAAAAGUUUUCCGGCAGCGGGGAUUUCCAUUCUCGGGAAAAUCAUCAUCAUACCACAGGCAACGUUAUUGUUUCGCCAAGGAUUACAUAUUAUGCGAUAAACAUGAAAUACACAAACGAUACACGAAUCAUUGUGUUCAUUUGCUGUUUGCUGCAAGGUUUUGCCGUUGGCCUGCGCAUGAUAAAGGUCUCCAUUCCCGCCUACAAGCUGCGAGGGGAGUCCGCUUUUCUGGAGUGCCAGUACGAGCUGAACCGGACGCACCACACGGUCACGGGUCUGCAGAGCCACUCGGACCAUGCCCACGGCCACCAGACGCACGCCGGCGAGUUCCACUAUCCGGAUGGCGAUGCGCUGGACGACGAGCGCUCCUCGUACCGCUCCAGGAUGCGACAGAACCAGCGGCAACAUGGCCAGCGGCCCCGGCAGCGUGAGCCCAUCGCCAUGCGCCAGUACCAGAGUCAACAGGGCCACCAGCAGUUGCCGGCUCCGCCGGAGAAGUCGCCGUACGGACACAGUGUUUACCGGGGCAGUGCAGCCUCCGGAUAUCUGGGCGCCGCCCAUGUGGGCGCCAGUACGCACAGCGGCUCCGUGUCCGUGAGCAAUGGGAACAACAAUAACGGCGCUCCGGCGGCCUAUAUGCCCGACUUCGAUCGGGCGGACAGCUUCGACGACAGCCACGAUCGCGAGGAGGAGGAGGAGGAGGAGGACGAGGAGGAGCAGGCCGAGGAGGGCGAGGCCCUGUACGCCAUCAAGUGGUACAAGGACAACGAGGAGUUCUACCGCUACGUGCCAAAGGCCCGGCCGCCGAAGACCAGCUACCGCGUGGACGGCGUGCGAGUCAUUGAGGAGCUUUCGGACGCGAGUCGCGUGCUGCUGCGCGGCCUGACGCUCAACUCGACGGGAUUGUACCGUUGCGAGGUGUCCGCCGAGGCGCCCAACUUCUCGUCGGUGCAGGGCGAGGGGCGGAUGGACAUUGUGUUUCUGCCGCGCGAUGGACCGCACAUCAGAGGACAGCAGUAUCAGUACCAGAUCGGCGAGUACUUGUAUUUAAAUUGCACGUCGGGCAAAUCGCAUCCGGCCUCGCAUUUGCAGUGGUUUGUCAAUGAGCAGCCGAUCCUCGACGAGCACUACCUGCACAAAUACAACGACAUCGUGCACAAACACGGGCUAAUCACCUCGACACUGGGCCUGCAGCUGCCGCUGGAGCCGCGCCACUUCCACGAGGGCGACAUGCGCGUCAAGUGCCUGGCCAGCAUAUCGCCGGUGCUGUGGAAGGGCGGCAAGGAGAGCGUCCUGCAGCGGCGACCGGGCAUCAUCGACAACCGCGAGGCCAUGCUGCUGGUCAAAGGUGCGGCUGGGCACUCGGAGAGCAGUUUCCUGCGCACGCUUACCAUCGCCAUCAUCCUGGCCAGAACCGGGCAGUGGCUACUCGGCGCGGAGCUGACCUAAGCCACAACGCCAAGACGCCACAUGGCAACCCCUUCGACUCGAUUCAAUUAACAAGCAUUCAUUUCAAUUCAAUUCAAUUCAAUUCAAUUGCAAUUGCAGAGCAUAAAUGGUGAUUUUGUAUACUUUAAGUGUAAUAUCCUUAGUUCUUAAGCGACAAGGAGCGAUGAAAAGCGACGAGAGGCGACGAGGAGGGAAAGGAAAAACAGACAAAUUGGGUAAAUGUGUUAUAGCAUGUAAAAAUCAUUAAGCAACGCGAGUGGAAACGAGUUAAAUAGUAUUAAAAACAGAUCCCCUUCGGAGCGCAAAAAAGGAAACUCAUGCGCAGAGAGGCGCACAGAAUUCAAUUAGUAAAAUUGUUAAGUAACUAAAUUCGAAUCCCAUAUAUAUAUAUAUGACAUAUCCCCGCCCUUCGUUCCCGAAUCAAGCCCAGCUGAGGGUUCGUUGUGCGUAAUUUCUGUGUAAAUACUUGAAUGGAACGACAAAGUCUAGGGCAAACUUUGGACUUUUGUCAAAUAAUGUCUGAGUGGCAUCAAUUUCGAAUGGAUGGUAGCUGGAAACUUUCCCAUAACAGAUGCUAAAACUACAUAAUUGCAAAAAACAAAAAGCAAAAAGCAAACAGAAAAAACCAAAAACAAAAAACAAAUGGGGAAAAGUAUGCUGGAAAAGUGCUCUUUUCCCCUCUUUUAGUUACGAUUCUAGCAAGUAUUUGCUUCCUGACUCUGAAAGUAUUUCCAAUUGUAUUUAGUUUUGUAAAUUAAGUCCGUAAGGGAGAAGGGAACUUGAAAUUAAAUUAUAUUGUUGAUGGAUCCAUUACCGAUGGCCCCGAGGCUGAGAAGCUUUGAGUUGCCGCACAUCCUAGUUGUAUGAACUGUAUAAAAGAGAACCUGGAUAUGUGUCAUAUCCGUAUUGUUAAGAACCUUUGCUAAACUGGAACUAUAAGUUAGGUGUUUAAGUUGUAGCAGAACUGUCCCCCUCCCCCCCUGGAAAAUAUUCCGCCACCCUGUGUGUAGCGAUACCUAAAGGAUAAAGACUCCCGAAAGAUAUAACUACUAUAUAUGAUGAUAUGUAUAUGUAUACAGUAAAUGAA